AUGACGUCAGAUUUGAAAGGUACUACUUCUGACGCGAGUGCGGUGGUGCAGGCUACGACAAAGGAUGGUGUCAAGUUUGGGAAGGAGUUGAGAGAUAAGGAGUUCUUGUUUGGCAAGGGACAUUUGAAUUUGAACCAUGGCUCAUUUGGAACCUAUCCUCGUGUCAUCCGUGAUACCAUGCGCGCAUUCCAGGACGAAUGCGAAGCACAACCCGAUACCUUCAUCAUCUACAAGUACUCAGGUUAUCUUGAUGAAGCUCGAGAGGCGAUAGCAAAGCUUCUCAAAACACCUGCUUCAACCAUUGUAUUCGUCCCCAACGCUACCACGGGUAUAAAUACCGUACUCCGUAACCUCACUUUCGUCCCUGGAGACCACAUUCUCACUUUUACCACCAUCUAUGGUGCCUGUGGUAAGACGGUCUCGUAUGUUACUGAAAAGUCUCCCGCGGAGAGCGUGUGCAUCGAGUACACGUACCCCGUGGAAGAUGACUGGUUAGUCGAAGAGUUUGAGAGAAAGGUGAAGGAGGUGGAGAGCAAGGGCGGACGAGUCAAAAUCGCGGUCUUUGAUACCGUGGUUAGUAUGCCCGGCGUGAGGGUACCGUUUGAACGCUUGACGCAGAAGUGUAAGGAGCUGGGGGUCAUGAGUUGCAUUGAUGGGGCGCAUGGUGUUGGCCAUGUUGAGAUUGAUCUCGGGUCUUUGGAUCCAGAUUUCUUCGUUAGUAACUGUCACAAGUGGCUAUAUGUUCCGCGUGGCUGUGCGGUUUUCCAUGUCGCUCAUCGGAACCAACAUCUCAUCCGCAGCACUCUGCCCACAUCAUGGGGGUUUACCCCCGCAAGCUCAACAUUCGAAUCGCCAUUCCCACCGAAGAUUUCGUCGUCGCAGGCCCAAGCCCAGCCAGGUGUCGAGGAUAACGCCUCCGAACAAUCCGCAGUCACCAUGCCAACCGCUUUCAGCGUGGAAAAAACGCCUUUCAUUGCCAACUUCGAAUUCGUGGGUACGAUUGACAACAGCCCCUACCUAUGCGUCCCUGCAGCAUUGAAAUGGCGCGAGUCCCUCGGCGGCGAAAAGGCAAUCAUGUCAUACUGCCAUGAUGUCGCUCGCAAAGCGGGAAAACACGUCGCUCAAGUUCUCGGUACAGAGGUUUUAGAAAACAGUACUGGCACCCUGGGCCAAUGCUGCAUGUCCAACGUCCGGCUUCCCAUCUCCAUCUCGCGUGUUCACGACGUCGCAGCGCAGAGCGGUAUCAACAAGGAUGAUGCUGGCAUCUUGGUGCGCGACUGGAUGAAGAAGCUCAGCAGCGACGAAUAUGGUACAUUUAUCAUGAUUCAAUGGUAUGGAGGCAAGUGGUGGACCAGACUAAGCGCGCAAGCGUAUCUCGAGAUGAAGGACUUUGAGUGGGCAGCUACAACACUCAAGGACAUGUGUGCUAGGGUUGACAAGGGCGAGUGGGCAACUGUAAAAGGCAAAUUGUAGUCAACUACAAAAAGACCGAAUUCUACUGUGGAGUCCAUUGUCUCAC